AUGACCGAAGAAAAGACAGCGACGGAGGAGCAGAGCAGCGCGCCUGCGCCCGAAGUUAGCACCGGGGAUGCCGAUCCUCCACCCGCGGCGGGGGCCGCCCAGGCCGCCGCGCCCUCCCCCGCUGCCGCACCGGCGGAGAGCGAGGCCGUCGGGGAGCAGGAUGCCGAUGGCAACCACCUGCUGGAGUACAAGUGGACUCUGUGGUUUGAUUCCCACCAGAAGGGGCAGUCGCAGACGACGUACGGGCAGACGCGGCGGCGCGUGUACACGUUCAGCACGGUGGAGGACUUCUGGCGGCUGUUCAACAACAUCAAGGCGCCCAGCGAGUUUUCGCCGAACACGGACUACUGCCUGUUCAAGGAGGGGAUAGAGCCGGAGUGGGAGGAUCCCCGCAACGACAAGGGGGGGUCCUGGACGAUCAACCCCAAGGACAUGGGCAGGCAGGCGUCGGACGUGGACGAGCUGUGGAUGCAGGCCGUGAUGGCGUGCGUCGGGGACCAGUUCCAGGAGGGGGAGGAGAUCUGCGGGCUGAUGGUGAGCGUGCGCAGCAGGGGGAACAGGAUGCAGCUGUGGACGCGGACGGCCAGCAACGAGGAGGCGCAGAUGAGCAUCGCCAGGCAGGUCAAGGAGUACCUGUCGAUCCCCAGCGACACGCAGAUUGCGUUCCAAUCGCACCAUGAUCAGAUGAAGGGUGACAGGAGGACGAAGGAGAAAUACACUGCGUGA